CAAGAACCUCUAACGGUGAACCCCCAGUAGCCGUUGGAUCGAGAUGCGGGGAAUUCCCAACCGUCCGAAUUUCGAGGCCCAGGCUAUAUAAGAUCCCCGUCUUUUGCCGCUUUCUGUUUCGGUUUGAGAGGAAAGCGAACAAAGGACGGACAGAGAGGGAGCGAAGGAAACGCAAGCCAGAGAGAGAAAGAACCCUAGUACUAAUCGCAAUAUUAAUCUCAACCCAGGAUUUGAGUGAAGAUGUCAGAAGAAGCCGGAGAGCACCCCUCCAUCACGGAGAGGAUCACCGAGAAGAUCCAUGAAUACAGAGGGUCCUCUUCUUCUUCUUCGGAUUCCGAUAACGAGAAACCCUCCUCUCACAUUACCCUGAAGAAACGGUUGUUCGGAAGGAGGGAUCCGGUGCACACUGUUCUUGGUGGAGGAAAAUCUGCUGAUAUCAUAUUAUGGAGAAACAAGCAGAUGUCAGCUGGCAUACUUGCUGCUGUGACUGUUAUUUGGCUUCUCUUUGAGUGGAUGGGCUAUCACCUACUCACAUUUAUUUGUCACUCGCUUAUAUUUUUACUGGCAAUAUCAUUUAUUUGGUCUAAUGCAGCUUCUUUUGUCAACAGGUCCCCUCCAAAAUUUCCAGAGGUUAUCCUGCCUGAGGACAUGUUUCUGAGCAUAGCUCAUGCAGUAAGAUAUCAGAGUAAUGAAGCUUUUGCAACUUUUAUAUAUGUUGCUUCGGGAAAAGAUUUGAAGCAAUUCUUGAUGGUGAUUGCAAGCUUAUGGGUUGUUUCCAUAAUUGGCAGCUGGUUCAGUUUCUUGACACUCUUCUAUGUUGUUUUUCUUAUUACAUACACCGCGCCAGCACUCUAUGAGAAGUAUGAGGAUCAAGUUGAUACCAUCACAGAGAAGGCAAUGGUUGAAAUUAAUAAGCAUUAUGCUGUACUCAAUGAGAAAGUACUCCAGAAGAUUCCUAGGGGGCCAUUCACUGCUAAGAAGCAGCUUUGAGAAGAAUUAGUACUCCUCGUGGUUUACUCUCCGGUAAUAUGCUGCAGCUUUUUCUUCAUCUUUGAUGUCAUAUUGCUGCUGGCUGUUGAUGGAGUUUUUGGUUAGGACAUGGGGAAAGAGAUCGAUGUGCAUUUGGAAACUUUUCUUAGGAGCAAUUCUGCUUUUAUACCUCGUACUAAAGGCCAUCCAUAAAAUGGCUUCUGGUAGAUGUUUAUUCGGAAGCAGAUAUAUAUAGAGAUGCUUUUUGAUUAGUUUUCGCAUUGUUGACAUUUUAUGUUGUGAGCCUUAGUACUGGCCCAAUGUCAGGCAUUUAUCCUUUUGGAUUUUUCUUAAAUGUCAUUGUCAAAUUUUGUAUGCAAGAUCUGAUAUUAUGAAAAAUUUGAGUAGAAAACUUUAAGAUAAUAUU